UAAUUAGUUGUACUUCCUGUACGCGUAUGCAUUCUCAUAAACAUGUUGCUGCUAUGUUAUGUCAAGUUAUGUUAUGGACAGAGACACUUUAAUUAUGUUUUAUUUUGAGUUGAGAAUUAGUUAUAGAGACAUUUGCAAAAGCCUUUCGAUAUGUAGCCUAAUGAAGAUGAAUUAAGCACCAGCACCUGUUAGAAGGUAAUGAUUUAAAUGUGCACACGAUUUACCUAGAACAAGGGCACAAAUUAUUAUAUAGAGUGUACAAUUUACUUAAAACAAGGUAACAAAUUAUUAAAUUGUAUGCACAAUCUAGUAAUAUAAGGAAACUAAUUAAUAAAUUGUGCGCACAAUGUAGUAAAUUGAGGUAACAAAUGAAUAAAUCAUGCCCAAGAUUUAUUAAUUUUUUCUUGUAUGUCAUGUGUGGCACUCCGUACCUCUUUUACUCACAGAGCCUGACGUCAUUAUGAACAUCACAGCUGUUGAUAUUACAACAUCCUCUGUCUUACUAAACUGGACUGAACCAAACGGGCAAAGCUCCCGUUACCAUGUAGAAUUUGAAAAUAACAGUGUGAAUACUGAAAACACCUCCAUCGAGAUAAAUGAUCUAGCUCCUGGAGUGCAGUACACAUUCAGAGUGUUUGCAGUUGCAGCUGAUCAUGUGACCGAGGGGAGAGCCAGUCAGAUUUCUCUGUUUACCAAGCCUGACAUCAUUAUGAACCUCACAGCUAAUGAUAUUACAACAUCCUCUGUCUUACUAAACUGGACUGAACCAAACGGGCAAAGCUCCCGUUACCGUGUAGAAUGUGAAAAUAACAAUGUGACUACUGAAAACAACUCCAUUGAGAUAAAUCAUCUGACUCCUGGAGCGCCGUACACAUUCAGAGUGUUUGCAGUUGCAGCUGAUCAUGUGACCGAGGGGAGAGCCAGUCAGAUUUCAGUGUAUACCAAGCCAGAUGUGAUCAGGAAUCUCAGCGUGUCUGAAUUCACAACAUCAUCUGUGUAUCUGGCAUGGGAAGAAUCAGCUGGAAAUAGAGAUUUCUUUCAAAUUAAUUGGACUGAUGAGAAAACAUCUGAUCAUGUAACCACCAAUAACACAUGGUAUAACAUCACGGAUCUGAGUCCUGGAGUCCAUUACACAUUUUUCAUCACAGCUUUUGCGGCAGAUAAAUCAACAGAAGGAGAAUCAGUGGUUACCUCUAAAUAUACUAAGCCUGAUGUCAUAAUGAACCUCACAGCUCAUUAUAUUACAACAUCCUCUGUCUUACUAAAUUGGACUGAACCAAAUGGGCAAAGCUCCCGUUACCUUGUAGAAUACGAAAAUAACAAUGUGACUACUGAAACCAACUCCAUUGAGAUAAAUCAUCUGACUCCUGGAGCGCCGUACACAUUCAGAGUGUUUGCAGUUGCAGCUGAUCAUGUGACCGAGGGGAGAGCCAGUCAGAUUUCACUGUAUACCAAGCCUGACGUCAUAAUGAACCUCACAGCUAAUGAUAUUACAACAUCCUCUGUCUUACUAAACUGGACUAAACCAAAUGGCCAAAGCUCCCGUUACCAUGUAGAAUAUGAAAAUAACAAUGUGGCUACUGAAAACAACUCUUUUGAGAUAAAUCAUCUGACUCCUGGAGCGCACUACACAUUCAGAGUGUUUGCAGUUGCAGCUGAUCAUGUGACCGAGGGGAGAGCCAGUCAGAUUUCACUGUAUACCAAGCCUGACGUCAUAAUGAACCUCACAGCUAAUGAUAUUACAACAUCCUCUGUCUUACUAAACUGGACUAAACCAAAUGGCCAAAGCUCCCGUUACCAUGUAGAAUAUGAAAAUAACAAUGUGGCUACUGAAAACAACUCUUUUGAGAUAAAUGAUCUGACUCCAGGAGUGCACUACACAUUCAGAGUGUUUGCAGUUGCAGCUGAUCAUGUGACUGAGGGGAGAGCCAGUCAGAUUUCACUGUAUACCAAUCCGGAUGUUAUCAGGAAUCUCACAGUGAGCAACAUCACAACCUCAUCUGUGUUUCUGACAUGGGAAGAACCAGCCGGAAAUAGAUCUUUCUUUAAACUUAAGUGGGCUGAUGAUAAAACAAGUGGAAAUUCAACAGAAACUACUGACACUUCGUAUCAAAUCACUGGUCUGACUGCUGGAGUCAAUUACACAUUCUGCAUCACUGCUGUUACUGCAGAUAAAUCAACAAAAGGAGAAACUGUCUGUAGCUCACAAAUUACCAAGCCAGAUGUGAUCAGGAAUCUCAGAGUGUCUGAAAUCACAACAUCAUCUGUGUUUCUGAUAUGGGAAGAACCAUUUGGAAAUAGAUAUUUCUUUAAACUUAAUUGGACUGAUGGAAAAACAUCUAACCAUGUAAUAACCAAUAACACAUGGUAUAACAUCACUGGUCUGACUGCUGGAGUCAAUUACACAUUUAACAUCGCAGCUGUUGCAGCAGAUAAAUCAACAGAAGGAGGAUCAGUGGUUACCUCAAAUUAUACUAAGCCUGACGUCAUAAUGAACCUCACAGCUAAUGAUAUUACAACAUCCUCUGUCUUACUAAACUGGACUAAACCAAAUGGCCAAAGCUCCCGUUACCAUGUAGAAUAUGAAAAUAACAAUGUGGCUACUGAAAACAACUCCUUUGAGAUAAAUGAUCUGACUCCUGGAGCGCACUACACAUUCAGAGUGUUUGCAGUUGCAGCUGAUCAUGUGACCAAGGGGAGAGCCAGUCAGAUUUCACUGUAUACCAAUCCGGAUGUUAUCAGGAAUCUCACAGUGAGCAACAUCACAACCGCAUCUGUGUUUCUGACAUGGGAAGAACCAGUCGGAAAUAGAUCUUUCUUUAAACUUAAGUGGGCUGAUGAUAAAACAAGUGGAAAUUCAACAGAAACUACUAACACUUCCUAUCAAAUCACUGGUCUGACUGCUGGAGUCAAUUACACAUUCUGCAUCACUGCUGUUACUACAGAUAAAUCAACAAAAGGAGAAACUGUCUGUAGCUCACAAAUUACCAAGCCGAAUGUGAUCAGGAAUCUCACAGUGACCAACAUCACAACCUCAUCUGUGUUUCUGACAUGGGAUAAACCAAUUGGAAAUAGAUAUUUCUUUCAAAUUUAUUGGAUUUAUGAGAAAACAAACAGAAAUUCAACAGAAACUAGUAACACUUUCUAUAACUUCACUGAUCUCACUGCUGGAGUCAAUUACACAUUCUGCAUCACUGCUGUUGCAGGAAAUAAAUCAACAGGAGAAACUUUCUGCAUCUCAAAAUAUACCAAGCCAAAUGUGAUCAGGAAUCCCAGAGUGACUAAUUUCACAUCAUCAUCUGUGUUUCUGACAUGGGAUGAACCAUUUGGAAAUAGAGAUUUUUUUAGAAUUGGAUGGACUGAGAAAAGGAUGAUUGAAAGAACUAUCAAAACUUCCUAUCACGCCACUGGUCUGACUGCUGGAGUCAAUUACACAUUCUGCAUCACUGCUGUGACAGCAGAUGAAUCAACAGAAGGAAUAACUCAUUGCAUCUCACAAUUUACCAGUCCAUCUAACACAGAGUCUAACACUUGGCUGAUUGUUGGUGUAGUUUUGGCAGUGAUCUGUUUUCUCACCAUCAUCACUCUCAUUCUCUUCUUCUAUUCAAGAAGACAAACCAAAAAACAAUGUCCCUGA